GCGUCUUAUACUCUGGGGCGACUCAUAGUCUGGAAAAUACAAUAAUUAAACAACUAUAAUUUUUAAUUUGGUAAUGGUAAUGGUCUGAUUUGUGGUUAGCCAAAAGGACAGGUUUUUCCUACACUUCUACUUCAACUUCCUGUUUUAAUUCAAGCAAAGUGAACCUGAUGCUGACAAUCGCUGCUGUUCCUGGGAAAUUCCUGGGAAAGGUACAAUUCCAAAAUAGCACCUUGAGAUACAUGAACUGCAGUUCUGCCAUGCUGUGAUAAAUAAAGAACGGUUACUAAUUUUACAACUUGAUUUUUUGGCACAUCCAGAGUCUGCGUUAGAUCCUCCAUUCUUCACCACUUUACAGUAUUUCAUUUGUUGAGAUUUGCAGUUAUGCAUCUCCUCUUCAGUUAAAUAAUACAACAAACAAAACAACCAACCAGCUAGACAUGGGAUUAAUAACAACCACGGGUGACUAACCAAUGAGCAGCUUCCACUCUCUGAUAGUUUCAUUAUUAAGCAGAAGUCACAUCUGUCCAAAGAGUUUUCAUUUCUUAAGAAAUCCACUUUUCCAGCCAAACAUUCCCUCUCCUCCAGAUACUCCAGAAACACUGGAUAAUGAAUCACACGUAUGCUAUGCUACAAAAUGCCUCACAUUUCAUUGAAAAAAGAAAAAAGAAAAAUCACCAAUUAGACUGUUUGACCACACUUAGGCUCUAAAUACACAAUUCUAACGCAUACUAAUGCCAUACUAUUGCAGUGCAUAUAGACACACUCCUGGAGUCCUUUUCUGUUAAUCUGCCUACUUGCUCAUUUCAAGAGAAGAAGUAAAAUUUCCCAGGAGCCCGGCUAAUGUGACUUUAAUCACAUGCAGAAAAUCCCUUGGCUGAAUAUCCUCUCCUCAGCGUACGCCUCUGUUCUCUUUGUCGCCAAAGACAGGGACGGCAGACAAAGAGGAGAGAGUGACACGUUGAAUAUUGAAAGAAGAAGGUCAAAGAGACGGAGUCAAAGCAAAAGACAGCCUGAAAGAGAGUUAAAAGGAAGGAGAAAAGAAAAGCCGGGGAAAAACCUGCAAAUGAACAGAAAAGAGCUGAAGGAGCUCAGAGAUUAGACAAGUGUUUUAUAUUUGUCUCAGUGUCUGGCAGGUACUAAUAGCAAUGAUGAUAACAUAAAUAGCACCAGCGGGACGCACGACAACUGUCGCACACACACAACAACAACAACACACACACAUGCACCAAAACACCAGGGAGUGUGGAGGAGAAUUUUAAUGCCCUCUCUGUUUACCCACUGCACUUGUUUUUACCCCUUUAGGCACUUCCUGCCACACCUCCGUUUCCCUCCUCAGCCGUAACCUAAAUAUAUAGCGUCUUUAUACAGACAUCAGUCAAACUGUCCAUUUUCCUGCCACUGCACUGGAGGAUAGAUGUGGCAACUUCAGCAUCUACUAUGAAAUUAUGAAGGCGAAUUUACAUAAUUACUGCACACACACACACACACACACACACAGUAACUGACGACUAGCUUGUGUGCCUAAUGAGCUAGGCAGAAAUAUGUGUGUUAAGGGCCAUAUCUCUGAUGACUGUUUUUAACUACUUUCUCAGAGCAGCUUUAAAGCACUGUGAUAGACUGUGUGAAGGAAACAGAUGGGCUGUGGCAGCAAAGAAAAUUCUGGAAAAGUGAGGUAAAUUAGCUCGUCUGUAAUUGGACGGCGCUGCCUUUGAUGUAAUACAUUGUUACAGUAUUGAUAUGUUCAUUGUUGUUGUUACGUUUAAGAUUCUUUUUAAAAAAAUAUGGUUUCCUGCUAGCUUUUAAUGCUAACAUUGGUUAGCCUAAUCACAACCAACAACUUAUCGUGGACGAAAGGAUAGAAAAAACUUUGAUGAUACCUUAGAAAAAAAAAGUGAGCCUGGUUUAAAUAGCAACUGAGCUCAGUUGGUUAGUUAGCUAACUUAGCUAACUAAGUUAGCAGGUUUAUGAACUCAAGUGGGCUAGUUCACCAAAACAAGUAAUUUACCUGCGUAAGCCAACUAGCAUUGAUUGUAAGAAAUUAAACUGAUAACAAAAAAACAACAAAUAAAUUACAAACAACAAACAACUCGACAACAUCAUAGAAAUGGGAGUCUAUGUAAGCAGAGGUCUUCCCUGUUUUAUGUGAUUUUGUUUUUCUUUUGAGUCUCUGUCCAGACAAAUUUCCUGGCCCUCCGAAAAACAUAGUUGUGACCCCUGAACUGGAAGGUUUCCUCAGAGUCAGAAAGUGUGGUAAAAAAGUAAAGAUGUUCUCUAAGACAUUUGAAUUUCAUGAACUUGACGUUCAGUCGAGGAGCCUUUCCUGUUAGUGUUUCCUCGGUGAACGAGCAUAAGGUCAGCUGUUGCUAUGUUACCUGUAGAUGUUCGGCAGAUUCAGCGGGAAUGUGAGGCAGGCUCUGCUGCUUUCUGACACGUUCUGCCUGGUACAAGGCUAAUACUGCAGCAGUGCACAUAAAUAUAACACUAACUUUUUCCUGUUAUUCGUUUCUUGAUUCUCAGUCUGCGGUCACCCUUUUCUCCUCAGUCUUAUUUCUUUUUAUUUCCACUUGUCCUGCUCUGUCUUUGUGUCGUUUUCUCUCUCUCUCUCUCUAUCUGUGGGAAAAGAAAACCAACUGUGUGAACUGCCAAACCUCUACCCAUGUAACAGUUAAGUCUGUAAAAUACCAGAGACGUCCGUCUGAUCACACGUCUUCUCUCUCCUCAGGUCUUCUGCUCACCUUUACCUCCUGCCACCCUAGUGGAGGCUGCAGACAUGGCGGUUUGAUGCCAAACUCUCCUCCUCCCCUCUAACAGAGGCAGGCUACAAAGCUCUGUGUCAUGCCCCCCCACACCCUCCCUCCUGGGGGCCGUGGCCUGCCCCUGCCCACAGCUGCCACCCACUUGGCCAGAUCUGUCUUUCUCAGCUUCCUCUGCCUCCUAGCUGUGUUGCUACCACCGGCCUCCUCCUGCCCUCCUUCCUGUCUCUGCUCCUCGGACAUGGUGGUGGACUGCAGAGGCCGAGGUCUCACGUCCCUGCCUCCUCUGCACCUCCUGCCUCCCGGGAGCCGCUCAUUUCUGCUGACCAACAACAGGCUGUCGUCGCUGGGGGCCUCGGCUUUCGCUAACCUCUCUUCUCUGGAGGAACUGGACCUCUCCAAUAACUACCUAGAUAAUUUACCUGCUGGAUUAUUCAGAGACAUGUCCAACCUGACCACACUUAAUCUGCACAACAACUCACUAACAGUAAUGGACAGAGACCUGUUCCAGGGCUUGGGGGCAAUUCAGAGGCUGGACAUGUCUCUGAAUGGACUCUCGUCCAUACCCCUGGGGCUGAUGGACGAACUGCAGAGCCUGAGGUGGCUGUCUCUAGCAGGGAACAGGCUCAACGCUUUGGAGAGGGCAGCGUUCGAGCCCCUCGCCAACCUGCAAUACCUGGAAUUGGGAAACAACCCCUGGGAGUGUGACUGCAACCUCCGGGAUUUUAAACACUGGAUGGAGUGGCUGCUGUAUCGAGGGGGGAAAGUAGAUGCGGUUGAGUGCACGCUACCGAAGGACCUACGUGGGCGAGACAUCCGUAGCGUUCCGGUGGAAAUGUUCAACUACUGCCUCCAACUGGAAGACGAGAACGGAGGAGGCGAGGGCUCCCGCUCUGGACAGAAAGGCAUUCCUCCCUGUAGCAGGAACGCUUUUAACCCCAGUGGGACGACACCAGUAACUGACAACACUGCUGAUGACUCCCCGUCAAACACGGGAGGAGCUGAGGCCCCGUCAGAGUGCGUCCGCGCCCGCUACCGGCCCGUUAGCGUACGCCGUGCCAUCGGUACGGUGGUGAUUGCCGGCGUGGUUUGUGGCAUAGUCUGCAUCAUGAUGGUGGCGGCCGCAGCUUAUGGCUGCAUAUACGCCUCACUCAUGGCCAAAUACCAGAGAGAGCUGAAGAAAAGGCAACCACUGAUGGGAGACGGAGAGGCCGAUGGGGAGGACAGGGAGGAGAAACAAAUCUCCUCCGUGGCGUAGAGUGAUGGGACCGGAGCGAGGUGAAGGUGGGGGGUGUGGAAAUUAAGGGCUCAAAGAAAAGAGAGAUGGAAGAGCUUGUUUAAUGCGGGUUUCACUCACACACACACACACAUCCUCAGCUACGGCUGUCUCUCAAAAUCACACUUUUUGUCUUCCUUCCUUUGUCCUCUUUCUAUUUUUAACUGUCUCCUUCUGUCCUCCUCUGAAUACACAGUCCCUCACACACAACCCUAUCUGCUUCUCACUGCAGUAUUUGGUACCAACUCACCCUCCGACUCACCCUCCAACUCGCCCACCAAACCACCCACAACUCCUGCUGUUGGCUGGCUGCUGCUGCGUUCAUAAGGACCAGGAGGAAACAGAUACACGAAUAAGAAGUGGUACUUUUGCUAAUACGAUACAUAUCAUUUACGAUAUAACAAUAGCGUGUGGUCAGUCGCGUGUUUGUCGAGUUUAUUGAAAUUUCAGGGAUUUACAGUCUGUAUAAUGGUAAUCGGACCAAUUUUACACAAAUAUGAAGAAUGCAGCGAUUGUUGCGUUGGUACGCCGUCUCCAUCUGAACCUCAAAAAAACCCAAAAAACUUUUGGUCAAACGCUACUCAGCUGUUUCUUUAGCUAACGCUUCCAAAGCAGCUAAUGUUUCACAGAGUGGAGGAGCAGAGUGUUACAAAGCAUUAGCAUUAACAAAUCUUAAAUGUGUUGUCAAGAAGAGAACUGUUGGAAGACACAGAUCAAUCGAGGACGAUGAGUCUCAGGACUUCUUAUGGAUGGACACCUGAAUCAAUGAAGCGAUCAUUCGUGGACAUCAAUAGAUGGACAGUUUCUGAACCUGUUUAUCUCCGGCUCAUCUUUGGACCAAUAUUCCCCAGAUGUCAGACUGGAACUGUGUGCAUGAGAUUCUACAGUGGAUAUUAUUUAUUGGUUUGGUUUAAAGGGCGACAAACCGAAGUUGAACUCCUUAAAUGAGCGAAUCCUCGUAUUUUUGUCCCUGCUUGCUCGAUGCUUGUAACUGGACAGGUCAAAACCCGAAUAUUACGGCAAAAACGUGGGUGGUCUAACCUUUCUGCUAUGAUGUGGGCUAUGCUUCCAGGCUGACAUCCUCACAGUUGUUUUCUAAAAGUCUCAAAGACUUUGUUUUCAGACUCAGCAAAGGAUUAAGUUUGCUACUACGGCAUGAAAAAAAAAAUCUCAGAGAAUCCUGUCUCCCUGCGAUGACGACAAAUAUUCAUCCAAGGACUAGAAAAACUCCAGACUCCUGCACUUUAUUUCCCCAAAUCAUGGACCCUCUGACCUCCUUCACCUGCUUUGCUUUCUUUUUUUUCUAUAAAGGAAGAUAUGCCGAAAGGGAUUGAACGAAAAGACGCUGCUAUUUUCUCCCCCCUCUUCCCUUUUGUUCCUUUAUCGCUCCCUUAUCUUUUCAGCCUCAGCUAUUUAUGGAAAGUACUUCACAUUUCCUCGACAGUUUCCCCCUCAGCUGGCAUCCACUAUUAAGUAUUCACAAACACCGUUUUUACAAAGGAUGGCGCACUUUCUAAAAAUGCAAUAAUAAUAAAAACAAAAGUCUAUAUAUUGUCAUUAAAUCUAAAUAGCAGACUCAGCGCUAGAUGCUAAUCUCGAGAUUACCACAGAAUAACAACACUUUAUAUUUUUUUUGGCACACAACCGACUUUGGUUGCUCAACAGUCUAUGGUCAUCGCACCCUGAUCUGGACCGCAGGCAGGCCAGUUGAGCACACAAAUUUAAAACUUGUUUUUUUUUUAUUGCAAUUUAAGAAAGUCAACCAAUGAAAAUAUACAUAUUAUGUAGUGUCUUUAUUUCCCAAAGAUUGCAAUAUACAAUGGAAGUUGUUCUAGUGCCACUAAAAAAGUACCAGUCAGAAACCGAAUUAUCAAUUACUCAUUCGAAUCUGUUUAAUAAAUGUAGUCGCAUCUUGAAAAAAAAAUUUUUUCAAACAUAUUUCCCUCAGUCUCAGUGUCACAGAAACGCCCUUCAUUGCAUAUUGCCACUCUACAAUAAUAAUAAUUGUCCUUUCUAAAAUCUGAAUUGGCCAGUAGUAAGUAUAUACUAAUAGUGUGUUCUCUAAUACAUGGCUAUGAUACAGAUAAUCAAUAAUAUACUCGUCUCUACUAUGGUGUGUUGACCCUGACAUUUCUCAUUAAUGUUAUUGGUGUUACAGUUCAUUGUUUUCUGUCUCUGUCCAUGUUUGUUUCUGCUGUUCACACUGUUUAUAUAUAUAAAUAUAUAUAUAUUUGCUUCAUUUUAGUUUUUAAAAUCUCUGUAAAGUUUGAUUAUUUGUCGUGUUUCUUCUUAUUGUAUUCAGUAGUUGGUGAAGAUUCUUCCCGAGGGACAGAAAGAGUUUGGACAGGGUUUGUUCCACGUUGCUUCCUGAUGGCUACAAUUCCACCGCCGUCACUAGAAAAAAGUCACCUUUUUCUUUAUGAUAUGAUUUUUUUUAACCCGAUGCAAAGAGCUCAUGGUUUGUGAAAAAUUCUGAACCAAGAAUGGGUGCAAAUUAGAAUGAAUUGGCAGUGAGAUAAACAACGAGAUGCACCAGAGCUGAUUAUCUGAUCGCACUGUAUGAUAUUCCUAAAUUUUUAUGGCACACUAUAUUCAGAGGCAUCUAAAAACAAUGCAGUAUAAGCUACAUUUGAAUAGUUUUGUAAAAUCCAAAAAUAUAUGCAGUGGCUUUGUUUGCGAGAAUUACGGUAAUCGUCAGGUAAACUGGAACGCAGCCGAUGUCCGAGCUCUUUCUGUACGUCCACAAACACUGUACUGUCACCCUGUGAUCUACAGGUCUCAUGUUGUUGGUACCUAUGUAUCUUUGCUAGCUAAACCCGUUCCCCCUUUAGCCUGUGUGUGUUAAGAAUAAUAAAUUAUAGUUUGCUACAUACAGUAUGUCGACUGAGGGCUUCGAAGACUAUGCUGCCGACUGGUCUUUCCUGUGUUUGGACUAGUAUGAUCAUGUUGGUCGUGGCGGGAGGAUGGUAAAGCAUUUCCUGAUCAUUAUGCAUCAAUUUAAAUAAAAUACAUAUCACAAUGACAUCGGAUUCAAAAAAUAA